GUGCGUCACAGGUUGGGUGUUUCUGUCUUGUUUUUGUUGUCAAAUGCUGCAUGACUGCUUUAAAUCAUGGCGAUCCCUAUAGCCAUCUUGGACUGUGAUCUACUCCUACACGGUCGAGGCCACAAGACCCUGGACCGCUUUGACCUGGACUCUGUCCCAGAUGAUUUUCUCCUCACGCACUUCGGCUUCCCCAGAGAGUUUAUUCUGUAUCUGGUGGAGUUACUCAGAGAGGCUCUCUGCAGACGGACCCAGCGGUCCAGAGCCAUCAGCCCUGAGGUCCAGGUGCUGGCUGCUUUGGGAUUCUACACAUCUGGCUCGUUCCAGACAUCUAUGGGAGAUACUAUAGGGAUCAGCCAGGCAUCAAUGUCAAGAUGCGUGUCUAAUGUAACCAGAGCCCUUGUGGAGAAAGCUCCCCAGUUCAUCACGUUUAACAGAGAUACAGCCAGCUCAGAGCAGUCCCUCCAGCAGUUUCAGAGGGUGGCAGGAUUCCCAGGAGUUCUGGGGGUGCUGGACUGUGUUCAGGUCACCAUCAAAGCGCCAAACAGCGAAGACUCGUCAUAUGUAAACAGGAAGGGCUUUCACUCUGUGGGCUGUCAGCUGGUUUGUGAUGCCAGAGGGUUGUUACUCAGCGCAGAAACACACUGGCCAGGCGGACUCAAAGACACUGAAGUUCUAGAGAGAUCUGCUCUCCGCAAACAUUUGCAGGACAUAGAGGAGGGCUGGCUGCUGGGUGAUCGUCGUUAUCCUCUAAGGAAGUGGUUAAUGACUCCAGUCGACUGCCCAGAGUCCCCUGCUGAGUUUCAGUAUAAUCUGGCUCACAGUGCUACACAUGAGAUAGUGGACAGAACCUUCAGAGCCAUACAGACCAGAUUCAGAUGUUUGGACGGCACCAAAAGAUACUUACAGUAUUCUCCAGAAAGGAGUUCAUCCAUCCUGCUGGCCUGCUGUGUUCUCCACAAUGCCUCCCUGCAGUCUGGAUUAGAUGCCUGGACUCUGGAGAGAACCGACCCUCUGGAGCAACCCGAGUGCCUCGAACAGAGGCCCGAGGACCGCGAUAUCCAGGCAGAGGACCUCCGAAAACAGCUCAUACUCAAACACUUCAGCUGAACUGCUGGUCAAAGGGGAUCAAGACUACAUUAAAACUGGGACCAGAGCAAACCAUCUUUUUUUUUUAAAGUGGUUAGCAUUGCAACCCUCAACAGGAUAAGCGGUUACGGAAAAUGAAUGAAUGAAUGAACAAACCCGUACAAGUCAUAUUUAAAGCGAGAAAAUCCACAGACACAGUGUUGCUGAUGCAGUUUUUUAAUAUUUUGCUGGUUUCUACUCUACUGACUACACUAAGAUAACAUAGUUGUAUAUGGAGGAACAUGCAAGACGCUAUACAACAAACCAAGACAACAUUAUACCCAAACACAUUUCAAAUACAUAGGAAGUGCUUGAUUAUUCUCUCUCUAACAUAUCCACGAAGAGGUGAGAAUAAUCAAGCACUACCUGGUGUUUAACAACCAUCUGAACUGUGUGCAGCUGCUAUGUUAUUAAGGUUUCUUUACAAGUUGAAAAAACUCACCCUCCCUUAUUUUUUAAUCCCUCCCCUCUUUACAUUGUCCUUCCCCUCAAAAAUUCUCUUUUUUUCCUUUCCAACUUGAUUCCACAGGUUAAAAUCUCAGAUUACUAUGUCACAAUACAAAAACAAGGCCCUUAUUUACAACAACUGCACAUUAGGUUGUCAUUAUUUAUGUACACUGGUGCAUUAUGACUGUUAACGGGUGAGAAUGACAGGAUGUUUGUGCAACGGGCUGCAGUCACGUGAUGUUUUUGUGUACACACAAGAUGACGGACACAAAAUGAAACAGAUGAAUAAGAAAAAAAACUGAGAAGAUGUGUUAAUUGUACUGAGUAUUUUAUAAGUAAGAGUUAUUUAUUUAAGGAUUUGGUCUGUUUUUAUAGCGUUUAAUUUAAAGGAAUACCAUGACA